AUUCCAAUUAUAUUUCCGCGAGAGAAAACCAGAAAGCAGGAGAGAAAUGGCCGCCAUCACCAGCGCAGUGAUUGCUAUAGCUGCAGUGAUUCUUGGCUGGAUUACAAUUGAGAUCGCCUGCAAGCCCUGCCUUGAGAAGGGAAGGGAAGCCAUAGAUCGCUCCCUAAAUCCCGAUUAUGAUCCCGACGAAGACAACCCAAGUCAAUCCAUUCGUGCUCCUCUCAACCCCAAUACAAAUGUGGAUCCAGUCAUAAAUGCAAAAGAUGGUGCCGUUGCUGCGACGUCCACCACCACUAUCAAGAUCGUCUGAGCAUAUCCUAGUUCUCUCCUUUGAUCUGGUGUGUUAUACGCAAAACGCCUUAUUCCGUACUACGUUUGUCCUGAGUUUAUGUUUCCUGUCAAAUGGAUUUUAGAUAUGGUGUUGCUUUAGCUUGUUAAAUGAAAUCCUACAGAAAUCGUGCAUGAUCAGACCAGCAAUUUCUCUAUUGCCUUCUGCUGCAA